AUGCCCCCCUUCCCGGAUUUCGGCGACACCACCCGUUUUCCCCCCUUCCUGGCUUGCCCCCCAGCCAACAGCAGCGACAACAACAAUGAUACCCAUAAAUUACCACCUCUAGCUCCUCCUGCUACCGACGACCCAAUAACAAGCAGGAGCAACAGUGGCAGUGGCACAGCUAGUACUACUCCCUCUACCACCACCACCAGCAGCAGCAGCCCUGCAGGCACAUCAUCAUCAUCAUCACCACCAUCAAACUACUACCUCCUCGGCACCAUCGCCGAGAACAUGACCGUCUCGACAUCACCAACCUUCAUCCUCCACGACCGCGCCGGCACCGCCUUCGCGCUGACGCUGCGCGUGCCCCCGGCCCAGCGCCGGGACGACGUGCCCGGCGGCGGGUUCGACGCCCGGCGGUUCCGGCGGGGGGUCACGCUGGUGGUGCCCGGCGCGCGGCGGAGCGGGAGCGGGAGGGAGGGAACGGAGGGGAAGGCCGGGUUUGUGGAGGUGCCAAGUGGGGACGUGAGGAUGGUCCCGACCAGCGUCGAGAAGCUGCUCGCGAUGAGCGCGCAGGAGAAAGACAGGGCGGACGCCCUGGCCAGCGGGGAGGAGGAAGAAGAGAAGGAGGAGAAGGGAUGGUGCCAGGGCUGUCGAGAGGUGAAAGCCGUAGCGGCUCUGGCACGGUGUAAGGGGUGUGGGAGCGUCUGGUACUGCGACAAGAACUGUCAGACCACAGGCUGGAGCGAGAAAGGCCACAAGAGCGACUGCAAGGUUUUCAGAGCCGUGGAGGAGAUUUUUUGA